CUGAGUCUUCCUCCUUCCAUAACAUCUCUUCAGCACCCAGCCAUCUUGAGUGUACCAUAAUGCAGAUCUUUGUACGCUCCGGUGCGACCCACGUGCUUGAUGUGGCCGAGCAGCAGACAGUGGCCGACGUGCGAGCCUUUAUCUGCCAGGCCGAGCAACUCCCACAGGCCGAGGUAAGGCUCUAUGCUGCCGGCUCGCCAUUGGACAACGAUGCCCUCGCACUAUCCGCCCUCACGACCGAUGCCAUCGACGUCAAUGUCACACUCAAGGGAGGUAAGGUCCACGGCUCGCUCUCUCGUGCCGGCAAGGUCAAAGGUCAAACCCCCAAGGUAGAAAAGAAAGAGAAGAAGAAGGCCAAGACAGGUCGAGCCAAGCGCAGGAUCCAGUAUAACCGUCGGUUCGUCAACGUUGUGGCGACCUUCGGCAAGAAGCGCGGCCCUAACAGCAACUCGUAAAAGAUGCGAUUGUUUGGCGACGGAAAAAAAAAUGAAAUAAAGAUGCAUUAAAAUAA